CAGAAAAAGCUUCAUAUUCAAACAGUAUUAUCAUUAUCGUUAUCAGCAGCAGCAACAUCAGCAGUAGUAGCGACAAGAGCAACUACUACUACUACUUCAAACAACUGAAGGAUGCAUUCGUCAUCAUCAUCGUCCCUCUCAUCGUUAACGGAUGAUGAAAGCACGGAUGAUAGUGUGAAAAUGGCAAAAUUUCCCGUGAGCAAAAGCAUCCCAAACAUACCUGACGAUUGCAAUGUGGAAGUCAGUGAGGAGGAAAUAGUAGAGGAAGAAGCAGAAGAAGAAUAUGAUGAUGAUGAAAUGACCAAUGAAUCAGUGGAGCAGAGCAAGCGAUCAUCAUUACCACUGAUAUAUCAAAUGAAUGUGAACAAAAAUAAGAAUAUCCGUGGAACCGUAAUUGGUCCAUCAGACGAAAAUUUUCAUCCGGUGAAAGCAAGCGAAAAACUUCGACAAGCCUUGAACGGUCUUGAUACCAACGAGAAAGUAAUCAUUGAAGUCACUGUGGGUCAUAACAAUUUUCAACGACAACGGAUUAUGAAUACAUAUGAAUAUUUGUAUUCGAGGGUGCUAAUGGAUGAUUUAAAAGAUGAACUUGGUGGAUUCUUCCUAGACACUAUUUCAGCUCUGUUUAUUCCUGCUCAUGUCUACUUGGCUAAUUUACUCCAUCACUCACUCUGUAACCAUAAACUCAAUCGUGCUAUUGCAGUAGAAAUUGCCUGUACGCGAACAACAACGCAAAUGAAAGCGAUCAAGAAUGCAUAUCAGACAGCAUUUUCCAAUACUCUCGAAAAGGAUGUAGUGGUCAAGGUAGAAGGAAUGUUUGGUGUAAUGCUUCGGCUAUUGCUUUGUUCAUCUCGUGAUGAGGAAAUCAAUGAAACUAAUACCUUGAUAGAAGAACAUGCCAAUCUCAUCGUAAAGGAUUCAAAUGGAAUCGAGAAAAUAAGCCAUAAUGUGGAGUUGUUUGAGAAACUUUUCAUCGGUCAUUCCUGGAAACAUAUCGCUAAGGUUAUCGAUACUAUAGACGCUAAACUUGGUGGUAAUGGACAUUUCGUCGAAACGCAAAUUACCUAUAACGGAAAUAUCCCAGAUGACAUCAAAAAUAUGUUGCUCACCAUAGUGAAAAUAUCUCGUAACACACAGUGGUAUUUUGCGGAAAGAUUGCACGAUGCAUUGAGCAGUUCAAAACCCGAUUAUAGAACCAUCAUGAGGGUCAUUGUAAGCAGGAGUGAAAUUGAUUUAUCGAAUAUUUGCCAUGAGUAUAAACAGCAUUAUAACCAUUCGCUAUUCCCCGAUAUCCGGAAAAUAUGCCGUGGUGAAUAUUAUCGGUUACUCACUUCGAUUCUUUCAGAACAACAGCUUCUUUAG